AUGGCCUUCAAACUCGUCGCCCUCUUGGCCCUGGUGCCAGUCAUCUACGGCAACAUCGAGGUCAACAUCCUGGCUGCCGAUAACCAGGGCGAGAGCUCCGUGGACAUCUCUGGAGCCAACAUAGACAUCAUCAGCGACACAGAAAGAAACACCUUCCAGCUCUCAGACAGCAACCUGAAGAACGCCGUCGGAUCCUACUUCGGACAGCGACCUGACGACGCAUACGUACGCUCCCCCACCCCUUGGGGUGACCUCUACCAGACUUACGGCUGGCGCCAAGUCACCAGAAUGCUUGCCCCUCAACGCGGUCGCAUCCUCCAACUGUCUUCCCAACCAGCCAUCGUGCUCACCCAAGUCUUCAAGAACAACAGCACCAAAACCGCCACCUUCAAGGCCCAGAUUCAACAGCAAGUCCAGAACACCGUAUCUUCAACCUGGUCAACAGGCGGCUCGCUCACGGUCGGUCAGGAGAUCAAAUACGGCUUCGACAUCGUCGUGGCCUCCGUCACUGGCAAGACAUCCUUCUCCUACACUUCCAACUGGGGCAAGAGUGUGACCAAGACUGAAUCCGUGACUGUGGGCUCAGAAUCAGGAGUCACCAUCACUUUGGAGCCAAACCAGAGCGUGAUCGCUGAGUUGUACGCCACUAGGGGCUCGAUGAAGAUCCAGGUGGAUUACGAGGCUUCUCUCUCCGGGAACACUGCUAUAAACUACGCGAAAACUUACAAGGGCCACCACUUCUGGUCUCUGGACAUCAAUGCUGUGAUGAGCGCUGGAAAUAUUGACCGUUCAGUCCAGUCGUCCGAAGUCAUCACUGUGGGAUACUACACAGACUCGCGAGUCGUCAUCCGGGACGCCAACAGCAAGGAUCUUUUGUACACUAUGCCAAUGAAACUGUUUUGA